AAUGUCAAGGCUGAGCCGAAUCGAUUUCGGAAUAGUUCGCGAUGACUCAAGCCGGUGACCAUGGCACCCAACCGCAUCUUCAACCCCACGAGCAACCAGGCCUAGAAGUUGUACCAGACGGACAACGCAAUUACACACGCGCGGAAGACUGGUCCGGACUCCAAGUCGACAGCCACCCUUACUAUGUCGACAGUGGCAAGGAAGUAAUUUCUGAUCACAAUGACAGCGGGGAAAUACCCGUAACUUCGGAGCAAGACGAAGUCAAAGAGCUUGAGUCUAAACAACCAAGGCGAAGAGGACGGCUAUGGCUCAUGAUUGGAGGAAUUGUACUCCUCCUGGUGACUGCAGCAGCCAUCAUCGGCGGAAUGAUGAGAACCAAAGCGGCGAAUGCAUCAAAAGUCGACGAUUCGUUGCCCACGAGCGAGGCUAGCCCUACCAGCACACCGACUCCCACAACUAUCGCCAACACGACAACAAAAUUACAAUCAAUACGUCAGGGAUCGCCACUUGCCGUCACUGGAUGGGGCCAGUCUGGAGGUGUGGAGGUGUUUCUCUUUUACCAAGAUCACGAUUAUCAAACGCCCGAUAAGUUCAACUCUUUUGCAGAUGCGAGUACUCGCUUAGGGGCGAGUGUAAUUCAGUAUGAUAGUUCGUACCAGCCGCAAACCGAAGUCUUCUACACAAAUGAUGAAGGCCGUGUCCUCGGCGUGAGCAUAAACGAGGCACUGAGCCCAAAUUACGAAGAAGACAGUAUUAAGAGCAUGGUUUUGAGCUCCCGUGUCAACGCCGAGUGGGACAAGAAGAGACUCAACGCUACUGCGGAUAGUGACAGCCGGCUAGCAUUGGUUCCGUUGUCGGCCAAUUUCAGCAAGAUUGCCGUUCAAGGAGGUUAUGGAAUCUUUUACCAGGCUGGUGGCGGCUUGGUUGCGUCGAUACCGGAUCUUGGAUCAGAUGAGCUCGCUGCAGAUUAUGCAGACAGUUGGCCUACAGGCUUCCCGACUGUCACGAAUAUGCCAGGGGGCGCGCCCUUUGCUGCAUUCUCAGUUCCCAGGUCCUCAGAUACUCUGCAGAGAGUCUUCACUUACGUCCUUUACCUCGACAACGAUGCAAACAUCAACGUCAUUUAUAAUGAUGCUACCUCCUGGAUUACUGUCCAACCAGCCGGCCUGAAGGGCGUCGACAAGGACACAGAAAUUACCUGUCUCAUCAUGGCCACUACGUACCGCGACUCUUUCCAGCAGGCAGUGGUACUUGGAGAAGAAGCUUUCAACCCAAGGCUACAAGUCGACUUCCGCUGA